ACGUAGAGCUUAUCGUCGGACAUAUUUUUGUGUGUACAUCGAGUAGGCUUUUAUCAAUUAUCAAUAGAAUUUUUGUUGACGCUGCCAAGCGAAAUGGCCCGUCAGUAUCCGGGCAAUCACCAUGGCCAGCGAACGAGUUGCAUUGGCGAGCUACGAUAUCCCCGAACAGCAUAUUGAUAAGCGUUCUUGGGAGUCAAUCGAACAGAGCUUCGCCUCACUUUGUGUAAUUUUAGCCAAUUUUUCGGGCAUUGUGCUGGCACGUGUUUUAUCCACUCGCCCAAAUCCGAACAUAUGCUACCUUGUAGAGUUCGCAUUGAUUGUGGUGCCUACCGUUCUCUUUGUGACGGUGGCCAGCAGUUAUAGUGUCCAUUUCGUGGCACUGAUGAUGGUCCUCUUAUUGUUGUACCUUCUACGUGCGCGUCCACUGUCGCGCGCCAAGAGCCGGGCCCAGUUCCAACUGGGCACCCGGCCAUUCGUGCUGACGUUGAUGCGGUCCAUGACUCACCUGAUCACAGCAAUUUGUAUACUCGCCAUCGACUUUGCCAGCUUCCAUCGACCCUACCGGAAGAGUCGACUCUUUGGCGCCCAGCUGAUGGAUACCGGCAUUGGAUUGUUUGUGGUGACCAUGGGCCUGGUUUCACGCCGGCCUCGCAAUUGCGCCGACCUGCGCCGUAGUAUUUGGCGCUCCUCAUUGCCGCUUAUUCUACUCGGCAUAGCACGGGUCGUGGCCAUCCUGAUCGUUGGCUAUGGCCAGGACGAGCACGAGUAUGGACGGCAUCUGAAUGCCUUUUUCACGCUGGGCCUGACGAAGUUUUUCGGGAGCCUCUUCUGUUUUUUGCCCCGCAACGACACGCAUUUGUUGCCCCUGGGACUCGGUCUUCUGGUCUGUCAUCAACUAGCUUUAACUCUUGGGGGUAUAUCUGAAUACGUGAUGAACGAAGAUUUGCCGCGUUCCACGUUUGUGAGCGCCAAUCGCGAAGGUCUCUUUUCGCUGCCGGGCUUCGUGGCCAUUUACCUGUUAUCCAUAUGUCUCAGCCGCUGGCUGGUGUCCAAAACCUCGCUCAGCUACAAUGAAAUUGUUGGAAAACUGCGGAGUCUGUUGAUCAUUUCCGUGCUCUGCUGGCUUCUCAUGGCGGGCAGCGCCUACGCCGUGGGCAUCGCCCGCGUCACCUGCAACUUGGGCUACGUUUCGUGGAUGAUGUUCUUAAUAACUUCAAUGCUGUGCCUAAGCAUUUUUAUCUUCCACCUGGUCAUCGAUGACGACAAUGAGACUUUGGGCGACAUAGAGAGUUUGGAGAAGAGCCCUUUAAUCGCGACAGGAUCGGGUAAUGCCAAGGACAGAGGAGAUCUUCUUGUGAUAUGCAAUUCCUUGAAUAUGAAUGGCCUUGUGUUCUUUCUCUUGGCUAAUAUAUUGACGGGCGGUGUCAAUAUCUUUCUGGAGCCGGAGUAUCGCUCUGACCCGGCCUCCGUUUUUAUCCUGCUCGCUUACAUGUUGGUCGUGACAAGUGUGGCCCAUCUAUUGUAUAAGACGGGUAUUCGAAUUGCCUAGACCAAUUAUUUAGGUUUUCUCUGCUGUGAUAAGGCCUACCGAAAGUUUAUAGGUCCCCUCAAAUUUUGUUUGUUUCUAUUAUCUAGCAGGUGAUAAAGUAAUCGUGACUAAAGUUCAUAUACGAAUAAAUCAGAGUAUAUAAAAAUACA